CACUUUACAAAGAGGGGAAAGCUCUCAGAGAGAAGUCACACAAUUAACAAAUACUAAAACGAGGCUUCUACUCUGGACUUCAAAGACAAUGCUCUAAACCAUCCAAUCCAGGAGAAUUAACGCUUUUUGAUUCUGUUAGCUAAAGCAGUCCACCCCAAGAAGCCUCGCGAUAUUACUCAAACUACUACUCCCGACAUGCAAAGCGGCUUCUGUUGGUCAGCCUAUGCCGGUGAGUCUGGAGGGCCCCAGCAUGCCUCGAGGCGCGAAAGGCAACCUGGGAGCCGUAGUUCUCUUGGACGCGUACCGGUAUUGCCAGCGCGGCAGUGGCGGCUCUCUCUGUUCCGGCUAGCGGAUCUUGUGAGGGCGAGCUGAGGCGGAGAAAGGGCGCGGAACUGGAAAAGGGUGAGUCAGGCACUGUCUACGCGAUAAAGAGAGGCAGCAGCGUGGCGUAGGGCUGAGUUGAGGAAGUGCGGCCCCUGCGACAGUCUGUUCAGGGAGACCGCGAUCUUAGCGCCGGCGAGAGGAGGGUGAGGAGGAGCCAGAGCCCGGUCCUUGCACCCGUCCUCGCCCUCGGCACCGCGCCGCCAUCUCCACCAUGCAGUCCCGGGAAGAAGCUCCGCGUUCUCGCCGCCUCGCCAGUCCCCGCGGGGGGAGGCGGCCCAAGAGGAUUUCCAAGCCCUCGGUUUCGGCUUUUUUCACGGGCCCGGAGGAGCUGAAGGACACGGCCCAUUCUGCAGCCCUGCUGGCACAGCUCAAGUCUUUCUACGACGCGCGGCUGCUAUGCGAUGUGACCAUCGAGGUGGUGACACCUGGCAGCGGGCCUGGCACAGGCCGCCUAUUUUCCUGCAACCGUAAUGUGCUGGCUGCCGCGUGUCCCUACUUCAAGAGCAUGUUCACCGGCGGCAUGUACGAGAGCCAGCAGGCGAGCGUGACUAUGCACGAUGUGGAUGCCGAGUCCUUCGAGGUCUUAGUUGACUACUGCUACACGGGUCGCGUGUCUCUAAGCGAGGCCAACGUGCAGCGCCUCUACGCGGCCUCCGACAUGCUACAGCUGGAAUAUGUGCGAGAAGCCUGUGCCUCCUUCCUAGCCCGCCGCCUAGACCUGGCCAACUGCACCGCUAUCCUCAAGUUUGCGGACGCCUUCGACCAUCACAAACUGCGAUCGCAGGCCCAGUCCUUUAUAGCUCACAACUUCAAGCAGCUCAGCCGGAUGAGUUCAGUUCGGGAGGAGACUCUGGCAGAUCUGACCUUGGCCCAGCUGGUGGCUGUCCUGCGCUUGGAUAGUCUAGACAUCGAAAGUGAGCGGACAGUGUGUCAUGUGGCCAUGCAGUGGUUGGAGGCGGCUCCCAAGGAGCGUGGGCCUAGCGCAGCAGAAGUCUUCAAGUGUGUCCGCUGGACACAAUUCACUGAUGAAGAUCAGGAUUACCUGGAAGGGCUGUUGACCAAGCCCAUUGUGAAGAAGCACUGUCCGGACCUUAUUGAAGGGGCCCUGCAGAUGCGAUGCAGUGACAUGUUGUACAAGUCUGUGGUGCCUAAGUCAGAGGACAGCAGCAGCUCUGUUGUAUCCGCAGCAGAAAAUCCACCCCAGAGGCUGGGCAUGUGUGCCAAGGAGAUGGUGAUCUUCUUUGGACAUCCCAGAGAUCCCUUUCUCUGCUAUGACCCGUACUCGGGGGACAUUUACACAAUGCCAUCACCAUUGACCAGCUUGGCUCACACUAAGACUGUCACCUCCUCAGCAGUCUGUGUCUCUCCAGACCAUGACAUCUAUCUAGCUGCCCAGCCCAGGAAGGACCUCUGGGUAUAUAAACCAGCCCAGAAUAGUUGGCAGCAACUUGCAGACCGCUUACUCUGCCGUGAGGGCAUGGAUGUGGCAUACCUCAAUGGCUACAUUUACAUUUUGGGUGGGCGAGACCCUGUUACCGGAGUUAAAUUGAAGGAAGUGGAAUGCUACAGUGUUCAGAGGAACCAGUGGGCGCUGGUGGCUCCUGUACCCCAUUCCUUCUAUUCCUUUGAACUAAUAGUGGUUCAGAACUAUCUUUAUGCUGUGAACAGUAAACGCAUGCUCUGCUAUGAUCCUAGCCACAAUAUGUGGCUGAACUGUGCUUCUCUUAAACGAAGUGACUUUCAGGAAGCCUGUGUCUUCAAUGAUGAGAUCUAUUGUAUCUGUGACAUCCCAGUCAUGAAGGUCUAUAACCCAGCCAGGGGAGAAUGGAGGCGGAUUAGUAAUAUUCCCUUGGACUCAGAGACCCAUAACUACCAGAUUGUCAAUCAUGGCCAAAAGUUGCUCCUCAUCACUUCUACCACCCCACAGUGGAAAAAAAACCGGGUGACUGUGUAUGAAUAUGAUACUAGGGAAGACCAGUGGAUUAAUAUAGGUACUAUGUUAGGUCUAUUGCAAUUUGACUCUGGCUUUAUUUGCCUCUGUGCUCGGGUUUAUCCUUCCUGCCUUGAACCUGGUCAGAGUUUCAUCACUGAGGAAGAUGAUGCACGGAGUGAAUCUAGUACUGAAUGGGACUUAGACGGAUUCAGUGAGCUGGACUCUGAGUCAGGAAGUUCAAGUUCUUUUUCUGAUGAUGAAGUCUGGGUACAGGUAGCACCUCAGCGAAAUGCACAGGAUCAGCAGGGUUCUUUGUAAAUAUUUUGAAACACCGAGAUGUUUCUACUGCUAUGGAAUGUAUCUUAAAAAGAUAUCCUCUCCUUUUUCUGGAAAAAAAAAAAAGUGAUUAGGACCACAGAUUUGGUUUAGAAAGGGUAAUGUUUGAAUUACUAAUGUAAUGUUACAAAAUUUAAGCAGUCCACAUAAGAAUUUACUGUGCUAAAAGUUGAGAUUGAAAUAUGCAAAAAGUGAGCUAUAUCGUUGAUUAGAAAGCUUGGUGGUUUUUUCAUUGUUCAGUUAUUCAUUGCACCAGUGGAUUGUUUUGGUUAGUUACAGUAGUUUAUAUUUUGAUUAUCUAAUUUAGUCUUCUGUUAACUUUUUAAUUCUAUUAGUGCCACAAAGAAUUUAACUUCUUAAUUUUUAUAAUAGAAAAUUGGACUAGAAAUUGUUGGUAGGGUUUUGAAGGUUUAUAUUUUCCUUCAGAAUAAUGAAAGUAGUAGAUUUCCCAAAUUUUAAAGUAGUCAGUUUCUAAUAUUCUAAGUUAAUAUAGUUUGUUAAAAUUUGUUUUUUUUUCCCUUCUGCAAAUUAAAAAAAAUUGGACACAUAUGUAUUAAUAGUGAUUCAUUUUGGUAAUGUGAAGAGUGGUCUUAAGAGCUCUCAAAGUGAAAAAAACUUGGGAUUCCACUGUUCUAAAAGAAAUUUCACUUUUAAUUUUGGAAUAUAAAAUGUGUAUUUGCUAAUUGUGACCAUUUUUCUGUCUUAACAUCCAUUCUAGUAGUGUCACCAAUUAUUUAAACACUCUUCUAAACCAAAAAACAAUAGGUAACUUGCUCUGUAAGUUCAUAUUUUUCAUCUGUAUCUAAUACAUGCUUCAUUGAAUCAGAGGAGCAAUCAUUUUUUUCACUGGACAUAUGAUUGGGUAAUGUAAAUUUUUAUCCAUUGGUCAUGGCUUGUCUUAAAAAGUUUUUAUGCUUUCCUAAAAUAUUUUGGCUGUGUGGUUUUGGUGUUUGUCUUAGAGGAUUCUUCAGCAGGAAGUGAUUUAUUCUUUACUGUUUUUGUGAGGUAAUAUUGGUUUCGAAAAUAUGUAUAAACUAAAUACAGUAUUUUAUUGAGAUCUCUAGUUAUUGUGUCUAUCAUCUAUAAAAUCAAGUGCCAGCAGAGAACUUUAAAACUUUAAGCUGUGUAUAGAACUGUUUUGUGGAGCAUUGAAGUAUUGUCAGAUUUGUACGUCACUGGAAAUGAUUAUCAGCUUGAAGGUAUUUUUGUAUUAAAAGUUGACAGUUAAAGAACGUAGUGGAUGGUGGCAUUUGGGGCCAAUAGUGAAAGUAUGUUUCCUCUAAAAUGUUUCCGUAAGCAGUGGUAUACAUGGUUUUUUUUAUUAGAAUAUUUGUAUCUGUUCUGUAUUUCUCUGUGAACCAUGUUUCAGUCUUUCUUCUUUGGGUUGUUUUGUUUUGUUUGUAUGCCCAUAAUAUAAGGGAAAGUCCAGAAAUAGAGACUAAAUCGCACAAAAUUGACCUUGUUAAAUACAAGAAUAUAUAGGUGCUUACCUUUUGAGGGUCUGUUAAUACAUAUGGUUGUCACAAUCCAUAUACGUGAUAAAUGGUGUACAUAUACAGAUGCUUAUGGUCUAUAAAUUUUUCUGUACCCAUUUAGAAUUAUCUUCUUGAAUCUUUGUUCACUAACAUGCUAAUUCCUCUUCCAUGUUUAUUCUCUAGUGACGGAAUGCUAACAUUUCGUACACCCUGGCAGAGUACUGAGGAGUGUGUUCCUGGAUUGGGAACUGAAUUUUGAAUGAAAAGAGAGAGAGGCAGAGAGAAAAGGAUUAAAAAAAAACAAACACACAGAUAAUGUUUUCUUAGCCAUUUAGAUUGGCCAUUUGAAGAGUCCACAAGACUUUCUUGUUGAACAUUAUUUCUAGUGAAAUAAGAUGCUUGCCCUAGCAGUAUGUGCUCCUUCGAACGGCAGACAUGCUUUAGUGGCCUAAGGCUAACUUUUUUUCCGUUUGAUAUCAGGGAUGUUAUAAGCACUGCUCUUAACAUAGAAAGCUAUUUUCUUAAUAGUGUUAUUUUUUGGCCAACUUUUCUUUACCAGUAACUUCUUGAUAGCUUUUUGUUUUGUAAGGUUGAAAUAGGACAAUGCUUAUUUCGACCAGAUUAUCCAUCUGCAGGAUUAAGAUAUGCAACCGAUUGAUAACAGACAAAAUCGCUAAUUUGCCCUUCUCAACCUUUAGGUUAGGUACAAGCUAAUUAGUAGUAAAUCUUGGUUUACAAAAAGGUUUUCUUGGGAAGGAUUUUGGUUUCAUGAUAUAUUUGUGAAUUAGGGAAUAUUUGUUAACCAUUUUAUAGCUAAGUGAUUUGUACAUGGUUAGUUACAAAUAAAACUGGCACUAGAA